CCAUCCGUAUCUAGGAAGCCAUUUCGAAAUGAUGCGUGCUAACUGGAUACGACUAGCUUUAACCAGCUCCAUCCAAAACCUGGCAGCUAUUCCAAUUACGACAGCUUACUAUUUACCCGUAUCCAUGGCAACGUCGAUACAAGAUGAGGCAUCUCGGAGAGGACUUCGAUUAAUACAACCAACAGUGGAAUUUCCAUCAACGAAGGGCGACGCCAUGUUUACGUCCGAUAACUACUAUAAAUACCGUGACGUAGAAAGAGUUCCCAAAGCGCUUCGUCAUAUCUCUGAAAGUCUGGAAUCAUCGUUGUAUACAGGCGGCAUUAUUUGUUUAGAUACCGACCACCCAGACACCGCGUUGAUAAUUGUGUUUUUAUUGGACUAUCUCAUAGAAAAGACGCCAUAUAAGAUAGUGUCUUUACAUCAAUGUUAGGCUGCGUCACGACGCCAUGAUGCAGGACGAGUCUGGUCAUUAUUUGAGAAACUCAGAAAUCGUGACGUCAUUAAUCCCAGAAUGCAAUGUAGGAUAAGUGAUAUUUACAUUGCACAACGAACAUUGUUUUAUAUUACAUGUCUACCACACAGUGUAAAUUAACACCGAAUUGUCACGUGGUAUAUUUGUAUGAUUAGGUCAUAAACUACGAUUUGUUUGUGGCGAGUCGCGUAAGAAACAGGAGCGGAU